GAUAUUUACAGUUUUGGUAUAAUUAUGUAUGAAGUAAUUUCUGGAUUACCUCCAUAUCAUGACAUGAACCACAAUAAUUUAGCAAUAAGGAUUUGUAAAGGACUUAGGCCAAGGUUUAACAUUAAAGUUCCUCAAUUGAUUGUGCAUUUAAUUAAAAGAUGUUUGGAUGCAAAUCCAUUAAAUCGACCAACAGCAAAUGAAAUCUAUAAAAUUAUACGUGAAUGGCAUGAUAAACGAAGUGAUUAUCAAAUUACAGAAUUACAAAAACAAAUUGAAGAAUCAGAAGGAACAAAUAAAAAUUUAUCAAUUAAGUCAACCAGUUUAGGAUUAUCAUGUAAUACACGUUCAGAAGCUAUCUAUACAAGUGGAUUGCUUAAUUGUAAUAGUAAUCUUCCCGAACCAAAAAAUUCAGAUGACUAUUACGAACAAAAUGAUGAUAUAGUUAGCAUGGAAUUUACAGAAUCCUUACAAAUUGAUAUUUCUCAAUUGAAAAAUAGUGAUAGUAUAACAAGCGAUGAUUAUUCAGAAUACUCAGGAUCUAUACAAAUUAAUAUUGAAGACCAUGACUCAAAAUCUUAAUCUAGUAGCAUUUUCCUGAACUAUCUUAUUAUCCGAUAGAUAAUUAAUGAACCUUUAGAAGUAAAAAUAACUAUUAUUAAGUUAUUUCAAUUCGACAUUUAGUUCAAAUUAUUUAAUUUUGUAUUCUUGAUUUAAAUAUUUUUUCUGUUAUUUAUUCUGUUUAGCAUUAACUUUUCUCAAAAUCAAAGCGUAAAGAUUUUCAAA